CUGGUCUGACAGGUUUUAGUCUUGUUCCCAGGGACUUGCUGAGUUUCUAGAUCUCUCCGCUGUUUGUUUGUUAGUUGUUGUCAUAUGAUCUGCUGUAUCAGGAUUACUCCUUUAUCUCCUCUGUAAGCUCAUCUUCAUGAACACAAGAGCAGGUGUGUAGUGAGUGUGGAGAGAGAAGUGUCGGGUUCAUCAAGGUAGAGGCAUUCAGCUGUUAAAGUGGCGAGAGGUAUGAGAACUGAACAUGGACUCUGUCUGAAGCGCUUUCUAUCGGACUCAAUCCUGCUGAUCUAACAGACGCGUGAUGCUGUGCUUUCUGCUCCUGACGCUUCACUGGAUGACCGUCACUGAAGCGCUGCAGUCGUCCAAGGAAGAUGGCAAAAGGCCGUAUAUUUACCGCUGCCGCUCGCCCAACAUGGAGAUCUUCACCUGCUGGUGGCAUCCGAUCGCUAAUCAGGACAACGUCACCUACACGCUCCUGUACACCAUGGGACGUCAUGUCUCCUCACAGUGAGCGUGCUCCUCAGGAGUGUCCUGAUUACGUGAGCGGCGGCAUCAACAGCUGCUUCUUUGAUGCCAAACACACUCAGAUCUGGGAGAUGUACUGCAUGAACGUGACGGCACACACACACACGGGGCCCAUCACCUCUCGGAAACACUGCCUGGACGUGGUCGAGAUAGUGGAGACCGACCCUCCCUUUAACCUGACGUAUAUCAUGCUGAACGAGAGCAUCGGUGAAGUCGGCCGCAGUGUUUUAGUGUCCUGGCUGCAUCCGAUUGAGUCUCUGGUUCAUGAGCAACUGGUGAUGCUGGUCUACGAGCUGCGCUACAGAAACCUCGCUCAGCCAGACAACUGGAGGGUAAUGGAGCGUUUGCGCGAGCCUCAUGUGGAGUUUUUGGAUCUGCCGGUGGGAAGGUAUGAGUUCAGUGUGCGCUGCCGCACCACCAGCAACAAACACUGGAGUGUAUGGAGUGAGUCCAUCAUCGUCACCAUCAACGGCAGAGCUCUGUCCGAUCAAAUGUUGGCCUUGAUCCUUGUGACCAGCAUCGCCAUCAUGAUCUUCCUCUUCAUUAGUUUGGGGAACAUCCGACGAGGCAUGUGCAGGAUUAAAUCAUUCCUCCUGCCAGCGAUUCCCAAACCGCGCAUCCCAGGGCUUGAACCCGCUCUGCUGAAGAAGGGGAAGAUUGAUGAGAUCGAUCAGCAUUUCUCCAGUUUUCACGGCUAUAGGUCUCCACAGUACUGCACGGAGACAUGUUCCCAUGUGAGUGUGGACACGAGACCGGCUGUGACACCCAGCAUCAUCCAGUCUGAUGGUAUACAGGAGGAUGUGCUGAUCAGGACGAUCACACCGAGUGUGUUGAUUGGGCCAAUCAAGCAGUACGUCACCUGCCCUGAUGGACAACAGUCUGUUCAGACCAACUGCACCCCUGCACCGUACUGCCACAGCCCCGCCCCCUACUCUGAGGAGGACACGCCCCCUGCAGACCCUGGGCCUGCCCACCCAGAGCUUACGUCUGUCCCAGGCAUGAACUACAGCAUGAUCCUAAGCCCCGCCCCCACAACGCCGCCCACUCAGGACUUCUACACGUGUGUGAACGGUGUGAUGCCCUCCGGCGCUCUACAUCUGGUGCCCUACCUGCUGUUCAACCAGAGACCGGAUGACGAAGCAGAAAAGAAGAGCCAGCUGGCAACGCUACUGGAGAUGCAGAAGGAGGUGCUGUUGAGCACGAUAGAGUCGAACCCAAGCGAAGCUGGCAUGCCUUCAUAACCUCAUUCACCAGACAGGAUCUGCAGAAGCAUCUAAUAACACACACACAAGCAGCGCAUUAGCAGCAGUGCAGGGCGUGUUUUAGCGUUAAGUCUUUCGCAGUGCUGCUCCUGCUCGAGUAAAGUGACAAUGCAAUAAUAUGGACUAAAUUAACAUGAUUUUAAUCUAAUUCAUUGAGUUUAGUUUGGAAAAAUGUAUAGAUUUGAUAGGAAUUAUAGAAAGUCGAGUAAUUUAUUUAGCUACCAAAUUUUAAGAUUUUACAGGCAAUUAAUGAUGUGUGAGAGAGAUUUUCGUGUAGAGAGGAUCAGAUCACAGAUUUGAUGAUCAGAACAGAAUCUAAGGUCUGACUAGAAAUGACUAAAAAGAGGAAAAUGUUUCUGUAAUGGACAGAUUAAAGAACAGAGAGAGAAAGGGUCACUGCUUGAGUCACACGCUGAUCCUCAAAUAUAUACAUGACUCUGUUUUGUACUGUAUUCAUAAAGAAAAGAUAUUAAAGGUCAAAAAUGGCUGUUUUUUAUGUUUUUCAUUUUUAUGUGUUUGUUCUUGGCUAUGUAGAAGUAUUUUAUAACAGUGUCACAAAUAGAAAGAGAUAAUGUUACUGUAACGUGAACGUGUGUGUGUGAGUGUGCACUGUUUUUCUUUGUGUGCCUUAGAGAGACUGAAGCACUGUAAUUCUGUUUCACUGAAACACUGUUUCUCAGACUCAUUUCAGUGUCAGGUCAUAUUUCAGAAACAAUGACUCUUGUUUUCCUGAGGGAUUAUUUGUCUUUGGGGUGUAUUGUCAUUGAUACGGAGGCAUGGGGAUCCAUCUGCAAAGCUUUAUUCAAAGACAUGGUCAACACAGGCAAGGGUCGGACAAUGGAAAACAGGUACACUGAGGGCAAGACCAAAGAGUAGUCCGGUAAACAGACAUGGGUCGAUACAAAGGGCAAAGCAAACAGAUAAUCCUCAGACAAUAGUCCAGGCGAGGUAUAAACUAUGUCUGAGAAGGCAAUAUAAAGGGUGAUCCGGGGCAGGUAGCAGACAGACAAAAGGAGGAGACAGGCUAAGAUAACAAAGCUAGGCUAAACAGGCUAGAUAAAGGUGAGGCAAAGAACAAGACUAGGAACUAGGCGAAACUCAGAAUGACUAUAACAUUGCUAUCACUGACACACGCAAACAAUACUCAUCCCUGAACUGUGGUUAGAGCCUGGUAUUAAAGGUGUGUGAUUGGCUGCAGGUGAGGGUGUAAUCAGUGCAAUGGAACAUGGGAAAUGUAGUCCAGGAUGAUGUGAAACAGUCUGUGUAGCGUGAGCGUCAAUAUAAUAGGAAGGUGAGCUCUGGUGGCGAGCAGAUGGAAGACCACAUCACUUGUGCAGGUUAAAACGUUCAUGUUCUACCUGCAGAUCAGUUAUAGAAACACAUCAGAGAGGUUCUGAUAUAUUUAAAAAGAGGUUUAUAGAGUAGUAAAGGUGUCAGCUUUCAAAGAAAUGCAGUAUGUAUUCUAACUACAACGUGUUUUUGUGCAUUAGGUUAUUUUUGUAUGCUUUCUGUAAGUCUUUGUUCCUCAUGUAAAUGUUGCCAUUUGUGGGAUAACCAUAUUCCAUUGUGGUCAAAUAAAGUAAAACUAAAAAUG